CGCAGCAGACGGCGACGACACUGCUGAUGGCGACCGACUGUGUCUCGGAGACACUCAUGCAGCCGACAUGUCUCCUCAACCCCGGCCGACACAUAUUCAAUUUCGAAUGCACGCUGCCGACUAGACUGGCGCCGUCGUACACGUCCGGUUUCGGAGCAGUGCGCUACAGGGCCGUCGCCAGCAUGCUCCGGCCGACGGGGCAAAACUACGAGGUCGAAUCCCCCGUUAUCAUACGGCCGCACGACCACAUGGAUCUCAACGACGUUCCGUCUGCAGCGCAGGAGAGCGAGACUAGCGGUGAGAAGUACUUCCGGCGCUGCUGCUGCAGAGGUGGCGCCGUGCUGGUGACAGCGAGCGUGUCACAUGCAGGCUGCGCUAUCGGCAUGAGUCUUGCCCUCUCCGUACAGGUCGACAAUAAUAGCAGGCGGGAAGCGAAGGCUGCCGUUCAUCUUAUCAAAACGGAAGCCUUCACGACCGGUAGCCACAGUAAAGAAUGCUGUACAACUGUACACACGGUGUCGCGUCCAGGCUUGGUAGGCCCGCACAGCGAGGUGGCCGACGUGGUGGUCAUACCGUUCAAUGCGACGUUAAAACCUAGCAACCAUCUCGACGCCUGCCAACUGAUGACGCUAUCGUAUCUCUUAGAGGUGAAGGUCGGCAUCUCGGGCGCCGAUAAACCGCUAUUAAUUCAACUUCCGGUUGUCGUCGGCACACAUCCGCUGAAGGUCGCCUCGGCGACGCCGGCCGAACAGAGGGCGCUGAAGCACAUGCGGGCGAAGAUGAGCGCGCUGUCGCUGAACGGCAAACCGCGCGUCGCCGCCCCAGCGUCGUCGUCGUCGUCGACGACGACCACGUUCACGCCAAUCACGUCGGCGUCCAGCCCCGAGUUCCGUGUGCUGCUGACGUCGGCGCCGCCCCUCGCCAGAUCUACGCACUCCAGCACGCCGCCGCGAUCCGACCACUCGAGCCACUCUAACACGCCUCCUAUCGUCAGUCACAGACCGCGAGCGCCGACGUGGAACUAAGACUAGCGGCGCGCUAACGGCGUGCGUGCGUGCGUUCGUUCGUGCGUGCGUGCGUGCGUUCGUACGUGCGUUCGGGUGUGCGUGCGUGCGUGCGUGCAUACGUGCGCGCGUUCACAGCCCGGCUCAGCAUCGCCAGGCGAGCAUGAUCUAGACAAUUGCGAGAAGCGAACGCGUGCUGUAGUCGUGGAUAUAUUUAGAUAGCGGGAGCAAGUAGCGCUUUAUCGUCAACCCGCGUGGAAAUGGCGCCCUGACAUAUAGCUAAUCCCAUACAUCAAGUGCGGCGGUGUCCAUGCAUCUCUGCAUCGAUGUUCACUGACCUCUUAGUGGCCAAGCGUUAUAUAAGCGCCUGAGCUUAGUACGCAAGCUUCGUACGCAAGCUUCGUACGCAGCGGGUAUCGUAUGCAAGCAUGGUACGCAAACUUCGUAUGUAAGCUCCUUUUACAAGCAUCGUAUGUGAUCAUUGUGUGCGAGCAUAGUAUGCCAAUACGUUAUGCAAACACAAUAGGUAUAAGCAUCGCAUGCAAGCGUGGUGUGAUAGCAUCACAUGCGAAGUUUGUAUGCAAGCAUGGAAUGUCAGUAUCGCAUGCGAACAUGGCAUUCAAGCAUCGUAUCAAGAGUACAUAAUAUCAAGAGUACAUAAUAUCAAGAGUACAUAACAUCAAAAGUACAUAAUAUCAAGAGUACAUAACAUCAAUAGUAAAUCUCUAUUAUGUACUCUUGAUCGUAUGCACAGCAUCGUAUAUGGAUCGCUACAAUGAUUACGCUCUGUCGGCAGUAGCCUCAACGAUGACUCGCGCUAUGGUCGCCGAUCCUAGGUCACACGCUUUAAUUAUUUCUACACGCCGCAGCGACAGCGAGAGCUACGACGCAAACACUCCUGAUGGCGACCUAACAGCAGCAGCAGCGGCGGCAGCUUUAUUACGUGCACACCAACGCCCGCAUGCGUGCACAGCACUCUGCGUUCACAUCGCUCACUUACACUUACCGUCUGUGUUUCUCUCUCCCUCUCUCCCUCUCUUCUUCCCGCCCUCCCCAACUCUUCCUCCC